CACACACACACAUUCACAGAUACAUAUAUACACAAUAGUAUACCUAUAUUACAUUUAUACACCUACAUAUACAUACAUACAUAUACAUACACACACAUAUAUAUACUCACACACACUCAUACACAUAUAUACUUACAUUUAUAGGCACAAACACACACAUACACAUUCACAGAUACAUACAUACACAAUAGUAUACCUAUAUUACAUUUAUACACCUACAUAUACAUACAUACAUACACACACACACAUACAUAUAUAUAUAUAUAUAUAUACUCACACACUCAUAUAUUUAUAUAUACACAUAUAUACUUACAUUUAUAGGCACAAACACACACACAUUCACAGAUACAUACAUACAUACACAAUAGUAUACCUAUAUUACAUUUAUACACCUACAUAUAUAUAUAUAUAUAUAUAUAUACACACACACAUAUAGAUACAUAUAUAUAUAGACGUGAGUAUAGAUUCAUGUUAAAAAAGAAAGGAGAGAAAGAAGAAAGAAAAGAAGAGAAAAGGAAGUCAAAAGAAGACAAGGGAAGGAAGAAAGAAAAAGGAGAAAUUAAACCCUCAAUUUAACAAACGUGCAGCAACAAUCCACUCGAUCUACUGCAAGGGCACACAUUUAUAUAUAUAUAUAUAUAUAGUGACCACCACUACAGACUGUGUACCAACAACACUGCAUUGUACUGCAGCUUGUUGCAAUGAUGAUGGAUAUUUACCUGUUUGUACCUGGCUAGCUGUACAACUGGGUACAGGUGGAGCAACAGUGACUGCUGCCAAGUCAGUAGCCUGUUGACCGAUUUGGACAUCUUUUUGCCACUCAUGAGACAAUCUUAUACACAACCUCACAUACAAGCAUAAAACACACAUGCACGUGCACAUACACACAAACAUAUAUAUAUGUAUCAACGUAUACAGACAUAUAUGUAAAUAGACUCAUAUAUCUGUAUGUAUUUACAUGCAUAUAUUUGUAAUUAUAUAAUCUACAUCUGGUGAACAAUGGAAGUCGAUCCUCCAUCUGUGAGUAGCUGUCCCUCGACAGUAGGGACCAGCAGUUGUGGCACUGGAGGCCUGAAACGCUCAAACAGUGCCCCCAUGAUAAAUGUUCUGACUGUGUCGGCUGUUGACUACAGUCCAUCCUUGAUAAAACAAGAAUCGAAGAUUCGCAGAUUCAGCUCCAGUAACAUGUCGCUGAACAAUCUAAAUUCAAAUCUGAAAAUUCCUGACAGAAUAAACCAAAUUAAAAGAGAAGAAAGCCAUAUCACUGAUCGAGAAACGGAGCAUGAAAGACAAAUACAGAAUGCCAUUACUAUGUCUAAUUCUUGGGAAGACUUUUCUUUGGAGGAAGCCAUGUUACCUGAAAGGAGAUCACGGUCCUGCAGUGAAUCCCUGUCCAUAAUUACACUGCCAGCCAUGGCAUGUGGGUCACCUUCUCCACCGCCACCACAGCAACGGCUUGGCAAGCAAUGUUUUUCUCCGUCUAUGCAAGUUCCUGUGAAAAAUGUUGCGUUUUUGUCAAGUCCUACGCACAGUCCGAACACAAAAACAUUGAUGAGUGGAGACGGUGAAAAAUUUGAUUGCUACUUAACCCCACCGAAAAGACUCAACACUGGAACAUCUCCAGUCCGCAAUAUCACAGCAACACACCCUAAAUUCCUUACAAUGUCUUCCAACAGCAGUAUGGAUGAGUGCUGCAGCCCCGAACCCUGUAUACAACCACCGCGAAGUUUGAGUAUAUCAUCGCUGAGCCCGCUCAGCCCUUUGCAAAGUGGGAAACCUGCUCCUAUGUACAGCUUUACACCGGUGAGGGACACUCGAGACAUGGGCGCGACAGAUUCCGAGAACUCGGACAUGUCCGAAUCCACCGACCACAUUCUCGGACCCAUGGACAGUCCGAGCUUCCCUGGCAUGAAGCAGGCACCACCUGUGUGACACCACUCCCUGCUACAGUCACAUAGUCACAUUUCCCCCCCCGA